AUGACUGAAACCGCAGCGAAGUCAGUCCGAACUCCAAAAUCGCCAUCGACAGGUGCAUCAUCGGGUACACCAUUUUAUUCGCCGUCUUCACGACCUCAGUCAACGGAUGUACAUUCGCAGCCAUCUAUUGUUUCCAGUUUUAAUAAUGCCAACGCUUUUCCUUCAAGUGGUGAAAAAACUUUACGAGUAAAUGAAGCUCUUAUGUACAUGAUUUGCAAAGACUACCAUCCAGUUUCUAUCGUCGAAAACGAGGGAUUUCGUGACUUACUGAAGAUAGUCGCACCGCGCUAUAAAAUUCCAUGUAGAUCAACAUUAACAAAGUGGGUCGAUGCCAAAUAUGAUGAGUUGGCUUUCAUUUUUCGCGAUAAAACAGCUAUUGUUGAAAAUGUGACACUUACAACGGAUAUAUGGUCAGAAACAAUGCACAUGAAGAAUUUUCUAGGAAUCACGGCGCAUUUUGAUGUUGAUGUGCAGUUCCAUUCAGUGACACUAGGAGUGUAUGAGUUAGAUGAGCGGCACACAUCUGAAUAUAUUGCCGAAAAGCUUCUAAAAGCGUGUGUAGAGUGGAAAGUGGAAACCGAUAAGUUGUCAGCUGUAAUAACUGACAACGCGGCAAACAUGGUGAAGGCUAUAGAUCUUGCAUUUGGAAAGAAAAAGCACAUACCCUGUUUUGCCCAUACCUUGAAUCUAGUGGCUGAAUCCGCGAUUCAAUAA